AUGUGCUUCCUCCUCUGGCUCCUGCCGAUUUGCGAACUUCUCCAAGUGACUAGCCCGCAAAAGACGGUAAUUGUGUGGGGAAUUCCGGACAUGUCGACGAGCUACCCGAUGAAUGUGCUCACGUACGAUUGGCAGGUGUGCCUCGAGAAGUGCGAAGCGAGUUCGGCGUGUGUGAUGGCGUACGGUAACAGCAGCCAGACGAUGUGUCGGCUGUUCACCGCCGGCGACUUUAUCACUGUCGUCAACCAGGAAUCGGCUCCUUCGGCCGACAAGGACCGCGUCAUGUUCAAAUUGGAUCGCGCGCCGACCGAGUGCUCGUCCGCGUCCAAACAAAUGUUCGGCGACGAGAAUGUGUUUCCGACGGAGCCGUCUAGAACGUAUUCGGUGCAGGUGACACCACAAUAUUACACUAUGAAAUAUGGUGAGUCGGAUGAAACACUUUUGCUUCUUAUUGCCACGUUCACCGUCCGAGCCCCAACUUUCAGAAAUAGCUGUGAAUGGAACAGCGGCGCUUAGUCAAAGUUGUGGCCGUGGCCCAGAAAACUUCUAGGCCUUGUGAUCUCUUCCGGAUGGAUUUUUUUUUGGCGUUCGGCACAAUCCUCAUACGUUGCAAAACAUUCACACAAAUCAGCAUCCAUACAGAGUGCAAGAGCAUCAAAUUGCUCACAGGGAAGAGUUUUCACACCGGAGUUUCCUAGGCCACCACAGCCACAACUUCAACUGCACGCCGUUUCGUUCAUUGGCAUUUCUGAGGCAAUAAGAGACAAUUGAAACAGACACAAAAAAUUUCACAAAAAAAUCAAAAAAUUUGAGGGUUUUUAAAAUUUUAACAGCAAAAUUUGUGUUUUUUGCCAGAUUAGCCACGAGAAAUCGAUAAUUUCUCAUUUGUCUCUCGAUACACCGAUUGUAUAGGCUAUUACGAAUUUUUUAAGCGCAAGAGCGUUAAAUUUGGUCAAGUCGCAAAUCACAUUUAUUCGUUUGAAGGUUUUUGGCUAAAACUGCGUGAAUUGCAGUUGCUUUUCGGUAAUUUUCGCGGUUCGAGCGCUCAAAAUGCAUGUAUUUACGUGAUUUAUCAUUCUCAAAAUCAAUUCUGUCUGAAAACGGUCAAGAAAGCGCAAAAUGAGAAGUUUUUGGGCGGCGAUCGGCGAAAAAGCAAAGUCGGCGAAAAAUGAGCGCCAAAACGUCAUUAAUUCUGUGAGAAUUAGUGUGUUUUCAUGUCGAACAAUCAUUUUUCAUCGCCUUUGACGACAAAAAUCAGAGAAAACCUGCUCAAUUCAUGAAAACGUCAUUUUUCACAGCUGUCGGCGACUCGACCGACAAUUGCAACUAUUGGCUAGAAGGAAAGCCCGAAUGCGAUGCGGUAAAUCAGACAUUUUCAUCUUCUCAAAUCGACGGCCGUCCUCUGACAGGCAUGCUCGAAAACAAUGUUGUCGUUCUACGGACAAGUGACGCACUCUUCCGACGAUUUCAUCUACAUCUCCUCGUGGAGAGCCUGUCUGGACUAUUGUUGGCAGCUCGACGAAUGUUUCAUGGUCGCCAUACACAGCAUCGGUGCGUGCUAUAAAAUAAUGUACGGAGCGGCGACGUCGUUCGAGCGCACCGGCGACGCUUACGGAGCCCUGGGAAUGACGGUGAACUUUGUGGCGAUGAAGGUCGAGUUCGACAGCAACACGUGCGCGUUGGACAAGGAUUCGGCGUUGACCUCACAGACAUAUGUAAGUUUGGAUGUUUUAUUGAUUUUAUUACAAACUUUUCAGACAAUCUCCACUUCCGCCGCCUACUCUUCAUUUACGCUCGAGACGUCAGGCAUCACGUCUCAAAUAACUUAUACCACAAAGCUGACAGUGUGA